GGGGCGGGUGGGGAAGGAUCGCCAGCGAGAUCCCGAGGCGAGGCUCGAGCGCCCGCCCCCACCCCCUGGCCCCCAGCUCCCACCCAGUCGGCCCGGCUCAGCCAUGAUGAAGGCGAUCCUCUGCUUUAACAACCACGGGAAGCCACGGCUCUCCAAGUUCUACCAGCCCUACAGUGAAGAUACACAACAGCAAAUCAUCAGGGAGACAUUCCAUUUGGUAUCUAAGAGAGAUGAAAGUAAUUUCCUAGAAGGAGGAUUAUUAAUUGGAGGAUCUGACAACAAACUGAUUUAUAGACAUCAUGCAACAUUAUGUUUUGUCUUCUGGGUGGAUUCUUCAGAAAGUGAACUUGGCAUUUUAGAUGUAAUUCAAGUAUUUGUGGAAACAUUAGACAAGUGUUUUGAAAACGUCUGUGAACUGGAUUUAAUUUUCCAUGUAGACAAGGUUCACAAUAUUCUUGCAGAAAUGGUGAUGGGGGGAAUGAUAUUGGAGACCAACAUGAAUGAGAUUGUUACACAAAUUGAUGUACAAAAUAAACUGGAGAAAUCUGAGGCUGGCUUAGUGGGAGCUCCAGCCCGUGCUGUAUCAGCUGUAAAGAAUAUGAAUCUUCCUGAGAUCCCAAGAAAUAUUAACAUUGGUGACAUCAGUAUAAAAGUGCCAAACUGCCCUCUUUUAAAUAAGAAAAUUUUAAAGGCCACUCCCAGGUAAAAUCCGGGGGAAAAGUCAUCUAAGUUUACCAUGCAGUUGUUUACCAAAAAUAGAGGAGGAGAGUCUUAACUUUUGCUCUUGGAUUUAAGUCAAGGUACUGUAUAGAAGUUAUAUAAAAUC